AAGGGCUGGAGGCUGAGUCAUGGCGGUGUAAAACUCCACGCUCUCCUCCGUUUCUUCUCUUUAUGCACACAAUGCCUAACCGGCGUAUUUGUUGCUUUGGAAAUCGCUCAAAAUUUCGACCUUGAAAUUUCUCAGCGACCGCAGGCAGAGCAGUGUCACAUCUUCAGCUCGAAUGUCUACUUCUUUAUUCCCAAUGUCGGAAUACGAAAUUGCUCGCCAUAGAAGGAUCUGCGCUAGGGAUCUUACGCCACGGCGGACUCGCAUGCAUAGAUCAAGGUCAGUGAUCACUCGACUGAAUGUAGGGGUUAAGAUCGCGAUUCGCUGGUCAGUGUACUGUGUGAAUCCAGAUGCCAAUUUCUUUUUGCCAUUUUUUUACUUGUACUGCUUGUGUGAUAGUUUUGAUUGCUCAGUGUGCUGAGUUCUCCGUUGAUGGAUAUCCGUAAGGAGUACCAACAUGGGUUGGUUUUAGUUUUGAUCGAAAUAGAUUAUCUCUGGAG